AGUUCGGCGUUUGGGUGGUGGGUCCCCACGCGCGUGCAGCAUGCGUAUAGAAAAGUGUUACUUCUGUUCCGGGCCCAUAUACCCCGGCCACGGCAUGAUGUUCGUCCGCAACGACUGCAAGGUGUUCAGGUUUUGUAAAUCCAAGUGUCAUAAAAACUUUAAAAAGAAGCGCAAUCCUCGCAAGGUCAGGUGGACUAAAGCAUUUCGUAAAGCAGCUGGUAAAGAGCUUACAGUGGAUAAUUCAUUUGAAUUUGAAAAACGUAGAAAUGAACCCGUCAAAUACCAGCGAGAGCUGUGGAAUAAAACGAUCGAUGCAAUGAAGAGAGUUGAAGAGAUCAAACAGAAACGCCAAGCUAAAUUUAUAAUGAACAGGUUGAAGAAAAAUAAGGAAUUACAGAAAGCUCAGGACAUCAGAGAAGUCAAGCAAAACAUCCAUCUCAUCCGGGCCCCUUUUGCAUGCAAAGGAAAGCAGCUGGAAGACAAAAUGGUACAGAAACUACAAGAGGAUGUGGACAUGGAAGUUGUUUCUGACAAUCCUACUGUUUAACCAUUUCUAUAAGCUCAUUGGAAAAUCUCCUUUAGAGACUUAGACUGAGUUACUGAUGUAUUUUUUACAUAAGAUGACUCAAAUGAAAAGGUGACUAAAAACACAUCUCUUCUACAUUACUAUCUGCAAAACACCAGGUAAUAUGGAUGCUAGAUUGCAGCUCAAUGUUAAACCUUCACUGAUAGAUGUACGUAGGUAAAUUAUGAAAACUCUGAAUACAAAGUGAACUGAGAACAUAAAAUUAUUAUGCCACUUGAGUAAUGGCACCAGGGAGCAUUUAUGUAAUAACUAAUGACAAACAUUCAUGGCUAGUGAUAUAUAAAAUAAAAUGUUCUUUGCAAUAAAAAUCUUCCCUUUAUUAGCUUUAUAGAAGGAGGGAUAUAACAGGGAACCAACAGUCUGUAUGAUAAUUAGCCUCAAGUACUCAUCUUUUGUUUUGAUUUCAGUAUUUCAUGUUUUGGUUUAUUAAUGUCUUAGGAGUACUUGAUGGCCUCAUAUUGAAGCCUAAUUCUUCUGGACUCUUUCGACCUGGUUUAACUGUUUGGAAAGGCAGUUGUGGAUGUUGGUGAGAGAACUGAGUAGUCGUUUCUGAAAUGGCACUCUUCUCUUUAAUUGCACUUUGGAGAAAUUCUAACUUGAGAUUCCUGGUAGAAUAAGCUUUAUUUUUCCAGCUCAACAAUGAUUUAGCAGCAGAGGAAUCCAGAGCCUUUAAAUUUUUUUGGUGUGCUUUUCUUUUAAAAAGCUAAUUGUUUUGGGGGAAAUCAAAUUAUGGGUAGAAUGUCUAUACAUUAUUUGCACAUAAAAUCACUUCUGUAGUAAGUGCCUAUUAUUUAAAGGUACUAAACAAAGAUAAAGUAUCAGUUGCUUGGAAGAAAAUAACUUCACUCACAUGUACUACUGAGGUAGGAGAUAUAUUUAAAGACAAAUAUAUACUUAAUACUUCCUGUUUCUGUAUUUUUACAUUAUUUACAAGUAAGUAUGUUAAAAGUAUUAAGUAACUCAGUUUUUAUAUGGUUAUUUAAAAUUCAAAAAGCUUAGGUAGAAAUGUAAGAGGACCUGUGAUGCUGGAUCUGAACAAAUGCAGAGUGGUGCUCUAGACCAGCUGUCAGGAGACUUGGGAGCUACUUUUCUGCACCUGCCUCUAACUCUGUGUGACUUGUAGCCAUUGAUUUCCUCGCCUGUGAAAUGAGGCUGGGAUUGUAAAUACAUAUGUAGAAGUUCUUUUCUGGGGCUGCAGCUCUAUAGGCCUGUGAUUUAUAGAGUUAGCAUUACUGAAUCAGGACAGUUGCCUUCUUCUGGCCUCUAUUUUUUCUGAUGAGAAGUCAGUGAACAAUCUUAUUGGUGUUCCCUUAUACAUGACAACAUACAUGACAUAUUUCUCUUGAUGGUUUCAACAUUUUCUAUGUCUGGAUUUUAUCAUUUUUACAAUGAUAUGUCUGGGUGUGAGUCCUUGAGUUUAUCCUACUUGGAAUUUGUUGACCUUGAAUGUGUAGAUUAAUAAUUUUUAUUAAAUAUGGGAAAUUUAUAGCUA